CUCAGCCGCCCAUUCACCCGCUCGCAGUGUGUGCUUGAACGUAACAGUGUCCACUCCUCCCGUGCAAGGACUUACAGUUUAAACAUGAAUACACGGUGUUUAUUAGUGCUAGCAGCCGCCUUCGGCGUGGCGGUCGCCCAAGAAUCCUUCAAAUGCCCAGACGACUUCGGCUUCUAUCCCCACCACAUCUCAUGCGACAAAUACUGGAAGUGUGACAACGGUGUCGCGGAACUUAAGACUUGCGGCAACGGUCUUGCCUUCGACGCCACUGAUUCCAAAUACUUGACUGAAAACUGUGACUACCUCCACAAUGUUGAGUGCGGCGAAAGGACACAGCUUGAGCCCCCAAUCUCCACUCCCCACUGCGCCAGGCUAUACGGUAUCUUCCCUGAUGAGACCAAGUGCGACGUCUUCUGGAACUGCUGGAACGGUGAAGCUUCCCGCUACCAGUGCAGUCCCGGACUCGCCUACGACAGGGAAUCCCGCGUGUGCAUGUGGGCUGACCAAGUUCCUGAGUGCAAGAACGAGGAAGUAGCGAACGGUUUCUCUUGCCCCGCUCCCGGUGAAGUGUCCAACGCUGGCUCAUUCAGCCGUCACGCUCACCCUGAAGACUGCCGUAAAUACUAUAUCUGUCUUGAGGGCGUUGCCCGUGAGUACGGUUGCCCCAUCGGUACCGUCUUCAAGAUCGGAGACUCUGACGGUACUGGCAACUGCGAGGACCCCGAGGAUGUUCCCGGAUGCGAAGACUACUACGGCGAUUUGGAUCUGAAGGCAAUCCGCAAGAGCGAGCUGUUGGCCGGUCUCCAGUCCGACGGCCAGACGCGCCAGACCCAGCCCAAGCAGCUCAAACCCCGCCCCCCAAAGGAGAACUAAAUACUUUAACUCCCACCCUUAACCUUUAAUACUCACGUAGUUUACUAUAAACCGAAAGUCUACGCGCACCGCGACCAAUGGCAUCCCACGCUUCGGCUCUAUUGGCACUGAUUGCCAAGUGUUGCUCGUGGUGCGCGGAGAACUGUCCCAGGUUCAAAAUCAAAUUUGUAAUUGUCGAGUGAGCCACACACUGAAUUUCAUAUUCAUUCUAGUUGCCAAAUACUUUACUCGUUUUAACUUACAUUGACAGUUUCAUGAGGCAGGUUUAGAGAAUUAGUAGAAAUCGUGCAGCGAUAGAUGUAUUUAUUUUAUAUUGUAUCGUAGUGUUUUAUAAAGUCCUAUAUAGUAUCGAGUCCGAUGAAGACAUUGCCAGGUCAGCUGUACAGUUCCGCAUCGCUUUAUUUGAACAGUGGAGUUGCAUUUAGGACGUCAAUUAUCCAUAAUAUCCGAUGUUAACAACCAUGACUUUGUAAAUAUUUUUGUACUGAAUUAUUUCACUGCGACUGAGUGUUGUUGUUUUGAUAGAAACUGUAAUACUUAAGUUUUAUUUUUAGUGAUAAAAUAAACAAAAACUUAUAAAAAUUAA